AUGGGGCCAUUUGUAGUUGUCAAGCACCGAAAUGUUUCUUCCAAGUUCACUGUGCCACUCCAUAUAUUGCCACCUACAUCCAUGUUGCAAUUCAACAGCGCACGAUGCUAUUCCUCAAACAGCAAGAGCGAUGAUGAGGUACCUAGACUUACACACACAGAUCCACACACGGGUGAAGCAAGAAUGGUAUCUGUCACGGAAAAGGUACCUACCAAAAGAGAAGCCAAAGCCAUUGGCCGCAUCAUUCUACCAGACCAAGCAUACCAACUGCUGAAAGAAAAUCACAUCCAUACAUUGAAAGGCAAUGUACUCACAGUAGCGCAAAUAGCCGGUAUUCAAGCUGCCAAGGCCACCUCCAAUUUGAUUCCCCUCUGUCAUCCGCUGUUAUUGGGCCUGAUUGAUGUCCGUCUUUGGUUGGACGAUGACAACAAGAGUGUUGAAUGCGAAUCCACCGUGCAAACAUCAGGUAAAACGGGUGUAGAGAUGGAAGCACUCACUGCCACCAGUGUUGCUUUGUUGACAGUCUAUGACAUGUGUAAAGCCGCUUCCAAAGAGAUGGUCAUUGAAGGUAUUCGAGUUAUUGAAAAGACUGGAGGCAAAAGUGGACCAUGGAAAUCCAAUCUUUGA